AUCCAUCAGUAGGUAAGUCAACCCAUAACCCGGAACAACAAGCUAAAAAAUAGUAGGCAAAAUUUAAGAUAACAAUAUAAACAGACGGAAGCAAACCAAAAUAUAUACAAAUAAAGAUCCCUUCCAGAACCUGGAAGUCACUAAUACAGAGCUCCCAACAGAACAAGUACAAAACAAUGAACUCUCUCCUCCUCCGUGGGCAAGAUCAUGGUAGCAUGGGGAGACAACUCAUGGAACCUCGCCUCGUACUCUGAGAUGGUCAUCGGGACCUACUCCAAUCUGGAGAACUGAUCACGAAACCUAUCCCUCACGCUUCAUGGCAUGAACCGGGCCAAGAAAGCAUCUGAGAACUGACUCCAAGAUAUAUGAGGCGAUAUAGCUAGCCUGGACUCUCGAUACGAGCACCACCAUUGCCUGGCUGGCCCACGGAACUGAUGAGCGAUGAAAUCGGCUCCUCUCGACUCCAAGAGGCCUAAUGACUGUAGUUGCUCCUUGAAAGUGAGCUGGAACUCGUAAACGUCCUAACCAAUCGCCCUUGAGAAUAUAGGCGAUGCCAACCUCUAGAAUAACCCGAGCAUCUUCUGCUCGCGCAGUGACAUCCUGGACUGGUGGUGGUUGAACCUCUAGUGUCGUUGCGGCUAGUAUCUGAGUCAGAAGGGCAUGAAGAUCAGGAGCUGCAACUGGUGCGGGUGGUGGCUGGGCUGGCUACGACCCCACUGUCUGUGAAGAUACAUGUGAUGCAUGGGGCUCCUCCUCCCUAUCUCGGGCCCAGUGGCGGAGCCAGAAUGUUUAAUAAGGGGUUCAAAAUUCGUAGAAAUAAACACACUGAGUAGCCGAAGGAUUCGACAUCUAAUAUAUAUACAUAAAAAUAUUAUUUUAACCAUGUAUAAAUAGUAUAAUGUUCUGUCAAAGGGGGUUCAGAUGAAUCCCUUGUACCUAGGUGGCUCCGCCCCUGCUUGAGCCGGUGCAGUGAAACCGGUGAACCUGGGGCUUUGCCAAAGACUCAUUACUUGUCGUUCCGGGUUACAGGUUGGUUUACCUAGGCAUGUUGUUUAUUUUUUGAGAUGUACAUUGCCAUUUUGGUAAUACAAUGUGUUUAGUUAUAAAAAAAAAAACCGUUAACAGAGUUCUAUUACAGUGUUAUUUUCCCAUUUGCAUUGAGAGAGAUGACAAAGGCUAUACACCUGAGAAAUUGCGCCACAAAUCCAUCAAUUUUCAAUUCAAUCAUCUCCAUAGCUCGGCAAUUUUUCUCUACAACAUGUGCAGCAGCAGGAUAUGAAGGUGUACGUAAAUUAUUUGGUUCAUCUAUUGGUGUUUUACAAGACAAAGAUCUUCUCAAAAAGGCUCCAAAUGGGGAGCUUUUAGUACUAUAUCUUAUUGAUAAUGGAGCAAUGGAUGCAGAUGCUAGUUUAUACAAUCAGCUUCUGAAGAAAUGUACGGAAUGGAAACGAUUGAAAGAAGGUAGAGUAGUUCAUGAACACUUCUUGAGGUCGAGGUUUAGUCAUUAUACUGUUCCGAAUAACACGUUGAUUAAUAUGUACGCCAAGUGUGAGAGUAUGGGUGAUGCUCGGAAGGUGUUUGAUGAAAUGCCUGAGAGAGAUAUGGUUUCUUGGACUGCGUUGAUUACUGGGUAUUCGCAGAAUGAGGGUGCUAAGGAGGGGUUGGUUUUGUUUACUGAGAUGUUGAGGUUUGGGUUUAUGCCGAAUCAGUUUACGUUUGGGAGUGUUAUUAAGGCUGCUGGAGCGUUGGAGAGUGACAGUACGGGUAGGCAAUUGCAUGGGGCAUGUGUGAAGUGUGGAUAUGAAGAUAAUGUUUAUGUUGGGAGUGCUCUUGUGGAUAUGUAUGCAAGGUGUGGACUAAUGGAUGAAGGGAAGAUCGUGUUUGACAAGUUAAGUUGCAAGAAUGAGGUUUCGUGGAACGGUUUGAUUGCGGGGCAUGCGAGGAAAGGUGAGGGAGAAAUUGCUCUGAAGCUUUUCUGUGAGAUGAAAAGAGGCGGUUUUCAGCCGACGCACUUCACGUUUUCUAGUGUUUAUGCAGCCUGUGCAAACAUUGGAGCUCUAGAGCCCGGGAAAUGGGUGCAUGUUCAUAUGAUCAAAUCAGGGUUGGAACUUAUUGCUUUUAUUGGUAAUACUCUGCUUGAUAUGUAUGCUAAGUCUGGUAGCAUUGAUGAUGCUCGAAAGGUUUUUGAUCGAUUAGUGAAAAAGGAUGUGGUCUCUUGGAACUCGAUGCUUACCGCCUAUGCUCAGCAUGGACUUGGAAUAGAAACCGUAGAGUGCUUUGAGGAGAUGUGUAGGAUAGGACCUGAACCUAAUGAAGUGACUUUUCUUUGUGCUCUCACAGCUUGCAGUCAUGCUGGGCUUCUAGACAAUGGAAUGCAUUAUUUUGAAUUGAUGAAGAAAUUUAAAAUAGAACCUAAUAUUUCACAUUAUGUGACCAUUGUUGAUCUCCUUGGUCGAUCAGGUCAACUUGACCGUGCUGAAAAGUUCAUUAAUGAAAUGCCAAUUGAACCAAGUGCAGCCAUUUGGAAAGCUUUGCUUGGAGCUUGUAGGAUGCAUAAAAAAUUGGAGUUGGGUGUUUAUGCAGCUGAACGCGUGUUUGAACUUGAUCCACAUGAUUCGGGGCCACAUAUUUUGCUGUCCAACAUCUAUGCCUCUGCUGGUAGAAGAAGUGAUGCUGCAAGAGUUAGAAAAAUGAUGAACCAGAGUGGAGUUAAGAAAGAACCUGCUUGUAGUUGGGUGGAGAUUGAGAAUGCUGUUCAUAUGUUUGUAGCAAAUGACGAUGCUCAUCCACAGAGAGAGGAGAUCCGUAACAUGUGGGAGAAGAUAACUGAUAAAAUUAAGGAAAUUGGCUAUGUUCCAGACACUAGCCACGUGCUUUGGUUUAUGGAUCAGCAGGAGAGGGAAGAGAGGUUGCAAUACCAUAGUGAACGACUUGCUUUAGCAUUUGCACUUCUCAAUUCUCCAUCUGGAUCCCCUAUCCGAAUAAAGAAGAAUAUCAGAGUUUGUGGUGAUUGCCAUACUGCAUUUAAGUUUGUUUCAAAGGUGGUAGACAGGGAAAUCAUCCUGAGAGACACUAAUCGGUUCCAUCAUUUUCGUAAUGGUUCUUGUUCCUGUGGAGACUACUGGUAGUGCAAAAAAUAUUCCCAUAUAUGCAAUGGUUAACUAUCAAAGACUCGUUUAAAUUAUCUGUGCUAACGUGAAAUCAUUCUGGACUUGACUAUCAUGUUGGACAUUGUUGCGAUUGGAUGAUGCAUGUUUUCCUACCGAAAUUGGUUGUUGGCUUAUACACAAGCAUUUUUUAUAUAAUAGUCAUCCAUCAAAUGGCUUUGCCUUAUAAGGCUGAUUUGACUACUUUAUUACUUUCUAACACAUGGUUAGAACCAGGUUACUCGCAUGGUCUCUGCCUCUCUGAAUAGCACAUGAAUGAUAGCAUAAUGGCCAGAGGUUCUGGAAAAUACUGGUGCCAAUUGCCGAUGAUUUUUGCACUUGUAGAGAAUCAAGACCAUCUUGCAGAUUCUCUAGAGAAGCAUCUAGCUAUGAAAUGAAGGGACCUUUAUGCAGAAAGAUAGAACAAUUACAGUAGAACUUGAUAAUGGGGUAGCAGUGUAACAAUGCAACUCAGAAAUGCUUCUCAAAUUCCUCUGAGAUGUGUAGGUAGUCAAAGCCUUGAGAAUAGUACAAGAGCAUGGAUCCAUGAAGAUACUAUGGCAGAGGCCAAAGAUUCUGGAAAUAAUUUCAUAGCACAUGGUGAAGCAGACGAAAGUUGAGAAUCUUGAUUGAAAAUGUGACUGCAGUGUUAUGAGGGUAAGACAAUCAUAUUGGACCCCGAACUUCGAAUUAGGUCAAAGAUUGCUAGUUCAUUUAACCCUUGUUACUAGGCUGAAUGUCACAGAGAACUUGAGAUUCUAAUGUCAGCAAGUAGAAAGCACCAGACUGUUUGGAUUCAGAGACCCGAUGGUUACAGGUGUAGGCUAAUGCGACUGUGAUUUGAUCAUCUCAAUUAUGCUUUCCUGUAUGAACGGGGACUGUGUUUUGCUGAUCAGGAUACAGAUCAGAUGGAAGGAUGUGGCGAAGAAAAUAAGAUCUUUCACCAGAUCGUGUCAAAGAAGCUUAUAACUGAAGUACUUGAAGUGAGAAAGCAAGAAAUGUUGUAGACAAACUCAGUCAAGGGAUGUCCUUCCUCUCUCCAGCCAGAAAUCGCUGAAACCUAGUAUGCUCCUGUGAAGUUUUCCAAUAAAAACCUUUAUUGUUGCUUGAAUUCAACGUGGUAGCCAGGGACGAAUCAAUCCUUUACCCCAGGGGUGUCACGCGACACUCCUUCACUAGAUAGGUCAAUUUUUUGUUCGUACUUCUGAUAACAUGAUGAUUUUUAGUAUAAUUUGUGAGUAAUCCAACAUGAAUAAUGUGUUGAAUAUAGUAUCAAGUCGUACCAUUCUAUCAUGAUGUUUCUUAAA